AUGGGGCUUGAGAGCAGCCUUCCCGAGCCGCGACAUGGCAUCUUCGGCCAACAAUCCUCCAAUAAAAAGCUAUUAAUGCUGAUCCGCUUCGCCAUAUUCGCCCUAAUCCUCUGUUACCACCAGUCAUUUAUCCAGCCAGCUGAAGCCAUUAAAUUCGUCAGCCGAAAGGAAUGGGGAGCGAAGCCUCCGAAGUCGUCGAUGUCACCAGUGGGCCAUCCUAAGGGUGUGAAAAUCCAUUACACAGGCGGGUACAUGCCCGAAGGGGCCCACUCCAAAUGUGCAGGAAAGUUGAGAGCCGUUCAGAACGAACACCUGAACCAUCCGACAGAAGGCUAUAGCGAUAUUGCAUACACUCUUGCCGUCUGCCAGCACGGUUACGUCUUCGAGGCUCGCGGCGUAAAAUGGCGUACCGGUGCCAACGGCAAUGCGCAACUGAAUAGAGAUCAUCAAUCGGUUCUCGGAUUAGUUGGCUCCGAUGGUGACACCCAACCCUCAAACCAAAUGAUCCAGGGUAUCAAGGAUGCCGUUACGUACUUGCGCCAGAAGGGAUGCGGGAACGAAGUCAAAGGCCACCGUGAUGGAUACUCGACCGCGUGUCCUGGAGGUCCGCUCUACAAACUCCUCCAGGAUGGCAAGCUCAAUCCUUCUGGAGGCGGGGGUGAUAGUCAGCCCAAGCCCAAGCCCAAGCCCAAGAAGCCGGGUAAGAAGCCCAGCAGCAAAUUAGUCAAGUUCCCCGGCGCGUCGUGGUUCCAUCGGAAGCCGAAGAGUAGCAUCAUCACUGCGAUGGGUAAACGACUUGUCGCGGAGGGCUGCAGUGUAUACAAGCAAGGACCAGGACCGCAGUGGACUGGCGCAGAUCGUGCGUCGUACAGGAAGUGGCAGCAGAAGCUAGGAUUCAGCGGCAAGGACGCUGAUGGGUGGCCCGGAAAGACCAGCUGGGACAAGCUGAAGGUUCAAGUGUAA